AUGUCUAUCUUUGAAGUUCGAGGUCUUGAAGGCCUAUCACUUGGUUCAAACAAAUUUAACAACUCUUUGGACUUUAGUGUUAUUCAACCGUUAAAAUUUCUUUUUCACCUUGAUCUUUCUCACAUCCACUUGUUGACUGAAUAUAAUGAUUUUUACCUUUCGUUAUUCGCGGUUCAGUUUGAUACAAUAACUCUCGCUUCUUGCAAGAUGAAAAAAUUUCCUGAUUUCUUGAGAAACCAAUCUAAUUUAUUCUUUCUAGACCUUUCAAACAACCAAAUCCAUGGAGAGUUACCCAACUGGAUAUGGAAACUUUCUGAUCUUAGAUAUCUAAAUAUUUCUUAUAACUACUUGAAGACUCUUGAAGGACCUAUCUCCAAUAUCUCUUUUAAGGCGACAUCUCUAAACUUUCGCUCCAACCAAUUCCAAGGCCAACUCCCAAUUCUCCCACCUGUCAGCCACUUGGAUUUCUCCAUAAAUAAUUUUCAUUCUGCCUUACCAGCUAGCAUUGGCCAGUCCCUUGAAUUCGCAUAUUUCUUUUCUAUUUCAAAUAAUAAAUUAUAUGGGAGUAUCCCUGGAUCAAUAUGCAAAGCUACACAUCUUCGAUUUCUCGAUCUGUCUGAUAAUUAUUUAAGUGGCACAAUUCCCCAAUGCUUGAUUGAGAAUGGAUAUCUUUUGGUUUUGAAGUUAAAAAGAAACAAACUCAAUGGUACAAUUCCUGACACAUUUUCAGAUUGUAAUUUACAAACUUUAGCUAUCAAUCAAAACCAACUAGAAGGAGAGUUACCAAAAUCUCUGAAGAAUUGCCAUGGGUUGGAGGUCUUGGACAUUGGGAACAACAUCAUCAAGGAUACCUUCCCAUUUUACUUGAAUACAAUCUCAUUGAAGGUUCUUAUUUUGCGGUCUAACAAAUUUUAUGGUCCCAUUGCUCAUCCAGAGCUUAACACUACAUGGCCAAUACUUCAAAUCUUAGAUGCAGCUUCAAACAAUUUUAUCGGUCACCUUCCAAUAGUACUCCUUUCUACUUGA